AUGGCGCAGCAGAAAUUUUUCAGCGGCCUUACUGAGGGUAUGAUCAACAAAGCGUCGGCCGAGCGGCCCGACCGGCAGAAGACCCACUUUUACUGGCCAGAUGAGUACGCUCCGUGCCCGGACGACGCAGCCCCGGUGCGCCACGCCACCAUUCCACGCCUACACGGUGGUGUGGCCCCGCCGGCACAAUCCCACGAUCCCCCCGCCGCCGUCAGCGGCCGUCAGCAUCAACCUUCGAUCAACCGUGUGCGCCACCAAGGCCCGGCCACCGGGCCUGGCCGCGGCCCGUCCCAGCCAAACGGCCAGACGGCGUACGCGGCCGGAGCGCCACCAACCAGUGACCGGGUGCUGCAUUCGGUGCGUCGUUCCAACAUCCAGUUCUACGAUGGGGUCGAUUCGGCGUUCGGCGAGCUGGAGCGAGUGCGGGCGAACGAGAAGCGGCGCAUCGAACAGUUUCUGCGCCAGCAGUCGGAGGAGGACACGGGCGAGGCGGCGCGGGCGAAGCGGCUCAGCACGAUGCAGUCGGCGAUCGAGUUCUACGACUACGUCGACACGGGCGGGCCCACCCGCCAACCGCCCGACCUUCACGGGGCCGUCAACGGCUGGCUGGCGAUUGGCGGUGGCGGCUCAUCGCCCAGCGUGGGCGACGACACCGAGGAAAACGGCGGCAGCUGUCGCUCGAGCGAACGGAGCUCCACCACCUACAGCGGCCGAUCGUCCCCGAGCGGUUCGGGGCGGGCCGGGCAGCUACCCGAGCACAAGCGCCACUCGCAGCGACACUUGCGAUCAAGCAUCAGCUUCCAUGGCGGGGAUACCGGCGCCGUCGCCGCCACCGUCGCCGCCGCCGCCGCCGCCGCCGCCGCCGAAGAUGGCGGUGCCACUCGAAAGCCGCUCACCGUCCGCGACUCGGCCACGUCCCGCGUGGGCGUUGGUUUGCCAGAUCUGUAGCAAGGCUAACACAGGCACGGCCCUCUCAUCCGCACACGCACACACAUACACGCGCACGCACCCAUUCGUAGUUCCCCCGUCGAAAAACAUGCCCCCCUCCACCCCCGUGACCUCGGCCUCGCUAAUAUUCACGCACCUGCAGCCGUACGAUAUCGUCGUCCUUUUCGAUGCUGACAUCGCGCACGGUGGCCGACUUCACGACGACGAUGCUGUGGGUCCCGCUGGUGGCGGGCCGGACCCUACCGCGCUCCCCCACGUCGGUGUGCUCCGGUUGGGACGAUUGGGCCGCGCCGGACCGGUUCAUCACGAUGGCACUGUUUGGCCGCGGCGUCUUUACCUGCUUUCCCUGCUGCUUGUUGCGUAGCUUGGGCGAAUCUGCAAGAGAAUCGGUGUUGACAGACGUAGGACCACCGCUGUGGGGAGGAAGAGGAGCAUGCCCGCAUGCUACGUACCGCCGAUCGGUUUGUCCGUGUACGAUAUGUAGGGCAGAUCCGAGUCGGAACACACGCUCAUCGGCGGUGAAACGGGGCGUGAAUCACAGAUGUACGCGGAAGAGGGCACCGCGGACGGCAGGCCGUAGCUGUCAGUUUCGUGUGGCACACCGAAGGCGACUCCGCUUUCGGCAAUCGUGUUGCCACGCUGCAGCUUCCCACCGCCCGCUGCCGCGCUAGCCAUCGACCCAGACCGGCAUGCCGUAGACAACUGGCCCGGGUUCGGUGGGUGCCGGUGGAGACUUCCGGUGCGCAGGGCACCACCAUCCAGUGUACCGCCUUGCGACGAUGCCGGCGGUUGCUGCUGCUGUUGAUGCCGUAAUGCCGAAUGUUCAGACCCCAUCACAAACUCCUUGCACGUACAAUUUUCCUUCCAGAGGCAGCACCAGACGUACUGGUGCCGGUCCGGUGACGCGAGGAUCGCACUGGUUCGCUAACAGAACCACUGAAACGAGAGAUCAAACUAUCCACAUUAGCCGAUAACGUUACUGUUCGGUUUAAUUCGGGCCGUGGCUGCACUUGGUGUGGGGUUUGCAAGAUCUGACCGCGUGGAGGCAAACAUACAGUUUUGUUUCACACUCCAGUAUCAACAGGCUUCAGACAGUUGUCACAAAACAUGCGGUCCCACCAUCCACCAUAAAAAAAGGGUGCAAUUUGUGUGACAACACCACAACAAUCUAAAACCGAAUGGAAAUUCGUGGGAAACGACAAUGAAAACUGUAAAGUGAGGGGCCUAAGGGCCGAGGACCCCAUAAGAGGGGGAAAAACAGGUGGUGAGCACUAGAUUAGAACAAGGUAUUGCACAAGGACUAGAUUACAAACUGAAUACUAUCAAUGUCACUCUUUUAACAAUUGCAUAUGCGAUCAGCGUCCAUUAGUGUGUUUGACCCAGUGUAGCUUCUCUCACACUCUAUUGAGUCAAUGACUAACCCCAUCAUUAUUAACAAUAGGACUACACUAAAAACUAUUUAUACGUUAGAGCUCAGUUACUGUCUAAUACUUAAUAAUGUUUUACAUUGGGUUAUAGUUUGUUAUGUGAAUAGAAAGAAAGGAUCUGAGAGAGAGAAUGGGAGGGGGAGAGAGAGAGAGAGAUCGUCAAUCAGCAAUAAGCGAACCGAGGUGUUUGAAUUACAGCACCGGCAAAAGGCAAAAAGGUUUGUUAUCAAUAAAUCAAGUUUAAUACUCAUACUUUUCCACUAUGGCAACAAGACCACACCGAAAGCCCAACAAACGGUUGAACUCACUGCCGACCAGAAGACAGUAGCAUAUUGCCGAUGCUAGUGGCAACUCUUUUUGCUUCCUGUUUCAAUGAAAUGAAAGUACGUUAAACUAAACCCCAUCGUG